GCGUCACCACACCCAAGGCCAUCCCCCCCCGGAAUCAUGCGCUGCGCUCCAACCGCAGGCGCAGCCCUAGUGCUGUGCGCAGCUACUGCCGGGCUGCUGAGCGCGCAGGCCCGCCCUGCACAACCCGAAUCGCAGCGCUUCGCAUCCUGGGACGAGAUGAACUUGCUGGCUCACGGGCUACUGCAACUCGGCCACGGGCUGCGCGAACACGUGGAGCGCACCCGUGGGCAGCUGGGCGCACUGGAACGCCGCAUGGCUGCGUGCGGUAAAGCUUGUCAGGGACCCAAGGAAAAAGAAGCACUCUCCAAAGAUCCCGAGGGGAGAGUCCCUGACAGUGAGGCAGCUCCUGAGACUCUGCACAGUUUGCAGACACAGCUCAAGGCUCAGAACAGCAAGAUCCAGCAACUCUUCCAGAAGGUGGCCCAGCAGCAGAGACACCUAUCAAAGCAGAAUCUGAGAAUACAGACUCUUCAGAGCCAGAUUGGCCUCCUGGCCCCCACACACCUAGACAACGGAGUGGCCAAGGCUUCAAGGGGAAAGAGACUUCCUAAGAUGGCCCAGCUCAUUGGCCUGACUCCCAAUGCUACCCGCUUGCAUAGGCUGCCCCACGACUGUCAGGAACUCUUCCAAGAAGGGGAACGGCAUAGUGGACUUUUCCAGAUCCAGCCACUGGGCUCCCCACCAUUUUUGGUCAACUGUGAGAUGACUUCAGAUGGAGGCUGGACAGUGAUUCAGAGACGCCUAAAUGGCUCUGUGGACUUCAAUCAGUCCUGGGAAGCCUACAAGGAUGGCUUCGGAGAUCCUCAAGGCGAGUUCUGGCUGGGCCUGGAGAAGAUGCACAGCAUCACUGGGGACCGAGGCAGCCAGCUGGCUGUGCAGCUCCAGGACUGGGAUGGCAAUGCCAAACUGCUCCAGUUUCCCGUCCACUUGGGGGGUGAGGACACAGCCUACAGCCUGCAACUCACAGAGCCCACAGCCAGUGAGCUGGGUGCCACCAGUGUCUCCCCCAAUGGCCUUUCCCUGCCUUUCUCUACCUGGGACCAAGACCACGACCUCAGAGGGGACCUCAACUGUGCCAAGAGCCUCUCUGGUGGCUGGUGGUUUGGCACCUGUAGCCAUUCCAAUCUCAACGGACAGUACUUCCAUUCCAUCCCACGGCAACGGCAGCAGCGGAAAAAGGGGAUCUUUUGGAAAACAUGGAAGGGCCGCUACUACCCACUACAGGCUACCACCCUGCUGAUCCAGCCCAUGGAGGCUACAGCAGCCUCCUAGCCUCCUCACUGGAGUCUGGUUUCAGGCCUAAGAGGACAAUGACGUUGGUUGUGGCUCUGAGAUACAGCCACUCUCUCCGCUGGCGGUUAGGAGCUCCGAGGGGGUCUGUCUGGAGUCUCGUGGACAGAGAAGAAGCCAAUAACUGGGGAGACUGGAGGACCUCUUCUGGUAUUGGGGGUCCUCAGGCAUUAUUGUCUGAAACAGAGCAACAGGAAACAAACGGCCCAGACCCAGGAUACAUGAGCUUAAGGGUCAUUGAGUCUCACUUCUCGCCUGCCAGAGAAGUCAGGGAUGCAGAGGGACCACUUGGGUCCAACUAGCUGGGCCCUUAACGGCAGACUCAGUCAUAUUGACUGGCUGGGAGACAGAGUUCCCAGGAGCCCUGGUUACAUUCAUGGUGCUGUUGUGUGUGUGCUGUGGCUAAACGGGUGCCAACUGUGGUUCCCAGGCACAGCUCGCGGCAUUCUUGGAAUAAAAACAACCUCAGAACAUUUUGUUCUCUGUUGUUUC